GAUUAUGGUAUUGCUAAACGUGAUAAAAGGGAACCGACUGUUAUGGAUCGUGUUCCUGAUGAAAUUCCUCCACUAGCUGGAGCUAUUGUAACAAGAUCUAAAGCGAAACAAUUACAAUUACAACAAGAUCAAAAUUCAACAACAAUACCAAUAGAUAGAAAUAUGCUAACAUUACCACCAAUAGAUAGAAAUAUGCUAACAUUACCACCAAUAGAUAGAAAUAUGCUAACAUUACCACCAAUAGAAGAAGAAACUGAUCAAAUGAAAGAAGAUCCAUCACAAAUUAUUGCAAAAAAUACACUGGAUAUAGAACAAUUAAAAAUUGAACAAGGAAAAGAUCCGGAUUAG